AUGGCAUGGCAGCUCGAUGAGCAGGAAGCUGCUCGACGCCAGCGCGCGCUUCUACAGCAGCAGCAACAGGAGGAAGAAGAGACGCAACGGCUGCGUGUAGGUGUACGUCAAGCAAAAGGAGCUCCUGGCUGGGUAGACGUGUGUACGGACCGGAGCUUCGUCGAGCGCAGUCGUCGACGUAAAGCCGGCGGCGCUUUGAAGGCUCAAGAGCGCUAUUUACGCUGUGACGUGCACUGUGGCGUGGCUUCCUGUACUACGUGUCGCUCUAAGCGUGCACUGCUUCCUAUUCACGUGCUACCGAGAGUGGAAGGAGGAGAAUACGUGGUGCCUGAUGCAUUUAGUCUCAUGCAGUGUCUGGAUCUGAUGGAGCAAGAAGGCACAACUUUUGGUCAAGUUGCCCCACGUUUGUGGGUGAUUGAAAGUGUCCUGCAAGCUGCUAUGAGGAUGGGGUCAAGUGGCGAUACUGCCAGACUGAAAAGAGUUUUUCGAGGUGAUGGUCUGAAAGGCUUGGACAACACUGGACGGUGGACUGGACGGUUCUAUGUCUUCCCAGAUCAAUACCAUGUCGAGACUUUUGUAGAAGCUUCAGCUAUGAAUAAAGGCACGAAGCAGUUGGCGGGAGAAGAUCGGGCGUUGCUUAAAACAGUCGAGUGGUUCGUGACGAAGAAUCACCUUCCGCCAGGUGCACAAGUGGUGGUCAUGACGAAAGAUGUCAAUGCUCCUACUUGUGUACAAUUGGCGGCUUUGACGAACGCCCGUGCUAUCAACUGUGCAGGUUUCUUGAAAGAGAGACUGGUGGAAGGCUCGAUGGAAAUGCUGUCCUUGGUAGAGCUGUCGUGGACAACGGCCGAAACGCUGGAUUUUGAAGAAACUCAACGCGAACUGAAUGAGAACGGCAAUCGAGACUCGUCAAAAACUGAGUAUUCACCGCAUGUACGACCCGCUCUGCUAGAUGAGCUGCUAACGUGCGCUUCUUCGAGAUUCGUAGCUGGAAAACUCGAAGUGAGCGCUUAUAACCCAUUGGAAGCAUACGUAAUUGUCGAUGGACCACACGCGGUUGAGAAGGUUUUUCUACCUGGACGCGCUGCAAUGAACCGUGGCAUCCACGGAGAUCGCGUAGCGGUGGGAAUACUUCCUAGGGUACAUUGGUGCGCACCAAAGAGCGACCGGUUCUUAGUACACUACGCGCAAGACGAAAAGGACGACGAGAAGGAAAACGAAGGCGAACUGGAGAGUAUCGAUUUUGAGCAGGGUCGGCAUAAGUCUGGGCUGAUCCCAACAGGCCAAGUUGUGGGCAUUCUGAGUCGCGCAACAAAGUAUCAUGUAGCUACUAUUAUUUCUUCAACUGUAAGUGCAGGAAAUGACCAUGCGCUAGCUGUACCGAUGGAUCACCGAUUACCUAAGAUCCGUGUGCGCUCUCAGCGAUUAGAUGCGCUGCUCGACAAGCGUCUCAAGGUCGUGAUUGAUAGCUGGGCUGCUGACAGUUCGCAUCCGAGUGGACACUACGUUGAAAUUCUUGGUGCUUCUGGAAGUUUGCAACCGGAACUCAGCGCAAUACUCAUAGACAACGAGGUCGAGGAGGCACCGUUUAGUGAAGCGGCAUUAGCUUGUCUCCCGUCGGGUGAUGAGUGCCCGAUUGAUAUCGAAGGUGAUUGCGUGGCUGAGUGCUCGACAGCGAAACGACCAGCCCGGUGCAAGCUGCUCAACUGGAAAGUUCCCGACGAAGAGGUUCCGCGACGUCGGGAUCUGCGCGAAACGCACCGCGUUUUCAGCGUAGACCCGCCUGGUUGUCAGGACAUAGAUGACGCCAUGUCGGUUCGACGCUUGCCAAAUGGGAAUGUGGAGCUUGCUGUACACAUUGCAGACGUUUCUUACUUUGUUGAACACGGUUCAGCGUUGGACUCCGAAGGCAGGCGUCGUGGUACAACCGUGUAUUUGGUAGGCCAGCGGCUUGACAUGCUUCCAUCUGUGCUGAGUGCGGACUUGUGCUCGCUUCAUGAGAACCGAGACCGUUUGGCGGUGAGUGUCAUAUGCGAGCUAGAUGGUGAGACUCACGAUGUCGUGGAGAAUUCAGCGUGGUUUGGGCGCACUAUCAUUCGCAGUUGCUCGUCAAUGACGUACCAGCAGGCCCAUCACUUGCUUCAGGGUACAGAUGCCGAUGUUGAUGAUUCGGCAUCGGCCGAGCACGUCGAAGGUGUUGCAGGAGGUCGCAUACCACUCGAGCUCCAACAACAAAUUCGAGAAGACCUUCGCAUUAUUACUGAUAUUGGCCGUCGGCUAGGCCGCGUGCGUGGAUCGCAAGGUAGAUUGGAUUUGUCGAAGCAGGAGGAAGUACAGUUCUCUUUAGACGUGUCAGAGUUAGGCACAAAAGACGUGGAAAUCACGGUGAAGGAGAACCUAGAGAUACACGGCACGAUCGCCGAGUUGAUGAUAUUCGCGAACGCGACUGUAGCUCGCAGGCUUGUAGAGCACUUCCCAACUCACGCGCUAUUACGCAGACAUCCGCCACCGUCAGGAGACCGGUUUACGCAACUCGUUCAACUUGCUAAUGCACGUGGCGUCGUCAUUGACGCUACAAACAAUUUCACGCUGCAGCAGUCACUCGCGGUAGCCGAACGCUCGGAUCGCAUGGACUCAAAGGCAAUAUCACUUUUAAAAUCCCUUGCGGUGCGUGUAAUGACUGAGGCUGAAUACGUGAGCUCCGGGGCGGUAGUAGCCGGAGACACGGCAACAGCGAACGGUGACGUGACACCGUUUGCCCAUUAUGGUCUCGGAUUGCAACACUACACGCAUUUUACGUCGCCGAUCCGCCGUUAUGCCGAUGUCAUCGUGCACCGCCAGCUGUUAGCGUCGAUUGCAGCGUCCAACGCUUCUCCGAGCACGAUGUUUCAGCCUUCCGUGGACAAAGCAUCAGCUCCAUUGGUGCUGCCAAAAUCUCUUGUCCCAUCGGUACUAGAAAGUGCUGAAGACGAAGACUUCCUCGAUGAUCUCAUUUCGUCGGUUGACCAUCAACUUCAAGUAAAAGCUCUUCCGUCAGUUGACCAUCAACUUCAAGUAAAAGCUCUUCCGUCAGCUCAAGCAUGUGCACGUGACAACGCGAUCAUGGGUGAAGGUGAUCUAUUUCCGCCGAAAGAGCUGGUGCCACUUGUUCACCACCUCAACAAGAAAAACCGACAAGCGAAGCUUGCCGCACGUGCUUGUGAUGCGCUAUUCCUGGCUUUGUACUUCAGCAGCCACACAGUGAAGGUACCAGCGAUUAUCACGGCUUUCAAAGAGAACGGGCUGAUUGUCUACGUCCCGAGAUAUGAUCUACGUGCUCCGGUGUAUUUGUGUGAUAAAUGGGAAGAUGUGCAAAUGAACCCCGAGUUGCUCGGUGUACAUAUCGAGGACACCAAACCAGCCACAGAAGCAUUCGCUGGACUUGAGUGCAUUCGAACAAUCCCAUACGCGCAGCUCAGAUUGGACAGUAGCAGUGAGCACAUGAGCCUCGAAGUGGUGGUUGGUGGUAAAGGCACAGUGUUUCGCAUUCUGGAUGAGGUGGAAGUCCAGGUGUCAUGCGAUCCCACGGCUUCUACAGCUCGAGUACCACAUCUCCAGCUUCUCCUUGUUGAACGGGGAAGUGCUAUGAACAAAAGCCAUGCUGCGACGUCGCUAUCAGAGCUCCAGCGCGUUGUUCAAACCAAGAGCAGCAAUGCUACUGCUCGCCCGAAUUCUGCUGUGAAAGUCACGAUGUUCGAGCCCAGCGCAGGUGCUGAACAGCAUUCGGGAUCGAAUCUGUACCAGCUUCUAUUGAAUGCUCCUGACCUCUCUCAUCCAUCGGUGAAGAAGUUAGCUCGGCGCAAGCCGAUGCCGGAAGCCGAAGACAACAAAGAGAAGAAAUCUGGUAUCGAGCGCAGAGGUCCUGGCCGUCUGGUCUUUGGAAACUUCUCAACGAGCUCGCGUCGUCACUACCAACACAAGCUUGCACAAUAUAUGGACGAGCGCACAGAGGCGCGCGAAGAGGGACUCAGCAUCCAGCGCUUCGCUACUGGCUCCUCUGCGAUGACCUCGGCUCAGGAAGCCCGACGUGCUGAGCGCGAAGCACUCAAUCGCACGCAAAAGUUAGCUGCCGAAAAGCGACACGAUCGAAUCAACCGACGCAACAAGGCUGGCAAGUAA